AUGGGAGAAAUAGAAUCUAAUCAGCUAAGCUUCAAUGCAACUCCAUAUAUCGUUGCUUUCAGUGAUUUUAGAUGGCCAGAUGAAACAGAAUGGAGUUGCGUUCUUAGACAUGGGGCUAAUAAUAAAUUUAAUAUUGCUUUUGAGGCAUAUCAUUCAAAUUAUCAAAGAUGUGGUCAGUUACGUUCAUGGAUUGCCAGAGUUGAUGGAAUUUGGUUUACAAGAAGGUAUUGGGAUCCUCCAGGGUGGGUUCUCCCUUGGAAGACGCAGUAA